UCAGCAGCAGCUCUGAAGUCACCAUGAUCCGUGCUUGCGUCGUCUUGGCUCUCGCCACCAGCGCUCUCGCUGGUUACACAGGCCUCGGCUACGGCCUUGGCUACGGCCUUGGCUAUGGCGGCUACGGUCUGGGUUAUGGUCUUGGCUAUGGCGGCUACGGCUACGGUCUUGGCUACGGCGGCUUCGGCUAUGGUCUUGGUUACGCCGGCUAUGCCCCAGCUGUUACCACCGUCGCCCACGCUGCCCCAGCUGUUACCACCGUCGCCCACGCUGCCCCAGCCGUCGCCACAUACGCCGCUGCUCCAGCUGUGACCAAGGUCGCCACCACCUACCACGCCCCAGCUGUCACCGCCGUUGCUCACGCCCCAGUCGCCACCGCUGUCGCUGCUCCAGUGGCCACCUACGCUGCUGCUCCAGCUGUCGCCACCGUUGCCCAUGCUGUCCCAGCUGUCGCCGCCUACCACGCCCCAGCUGUGACCACUGUGGCCAAUGCCCCAGUCGCUACCGCUGUCGCUGCCCCAGUGGCCACCUACGCCGCUACCUACCACGCCCCAGCUGUCACCACCGUUGCCCACGCUGCCCCAGCUGUCGCUGCCUACCACGCCGCCCCCGUCUACGGUUACGGUGUUGGCACCCUCGGCUACGGUGUUGGCCACUAUGGUUUCGGCCACGGUCUCCUCGGCUAUGGCCUGAACUACGGCUACGGCCUUGGCUCUCCCUUCCACUACGGCGCUCUGCUCCGCAAGAAGAAGUAAACCAAUCAACUCUAAUUUAUUCGGAGACGCAAAAAAAGAGAAAUCGUAAACACUCACUUCCACAUUGCUCUUGGCAUGAGCAAAGACUGUUAUUAUGGAUGAAUAAAAUUGGUUCGCACGGUAUUAUA